AUGGUUAAAACAUCAUAUUUCUUCUUCUUUUUCCUAGCCUUGUUAGCUUUAUCUAAUUUAGUGCAUUGUUAUAAACCUAAAAGCCUAAAGCCAAUUGCUCAUUAUUUCAAGCAAAACUUAGAAAAAACUACUAAUACUAAUUAUUAUCCAGAAUUUAAUAGUUGUAGUACAUUUGUAUCACAAAGGACUUCUCCAGUACAUUUUGGGACUCAAAAUUCACCCAAAGAGAAUGAUAAAAUUGAAAACUUACCAGGUCAACCAGAAGGUGUAGAUUUUAACCAGUAUUCAGGAUAUGUUACAGUUGAUUCAAGUGCUGGUAGAGCUUUGUUUUAUUAUUUCGUCGAAUCACCUCAAAAUUCUGCUUCUAAGCCUCUUGUCUUAUGGCUCAAUGGAGGACCAGGUUGUUCCUCACUUGGAGGAGCAUUUGGAGAACUUGGGCCAUUUAGAGUUAACAAAUAUGGUACUCUACAGAGGAAUCAAUUUUCAUGGAUUUCUGAGGCCAACAUAAUAUUUCUCGAAUCCCCAGUUGGCGUUGGAUUUUCAUAUACAAACACAAGUUUUGACUACAAUUUUAGCGGAGACAGAACAACAGGUCGUGAUUCUUAUACCUUUCUAGUCAAUUGGCUCGAACGAUUUCCAGAAUAUAAAGCUAGUGACUUUUACCUUACUGGAGAGAGCUACGCAGGACAUUACGUUCCUCAACUUGCUCAGCUUAUACUUCAGCACAACAAUUACGCGAAAAAGACUAUUAAUAUUAUCAAUUUGAAAGGAAUUGCUAUUGGCAAUGCCUAUGUUGAUUUUGAAUCCAACAUGAAAGGAACGACAGAGUAUUACUGGUCUCAUGCUCUAAUUUCAGAUGAAUUAUACAACAGAAUCAUAUCAACCUGUAAUUUUUCUACUCCAUCGUCUGCAUCUAAGAAAUGCAACGCGUAUUUGGACCAAAUCGAUGAAGAAAUUGGAAAUAUCUUUCUCUACAACAUCUACGCGCCAUUGUGCCUCAAUGGAUCACCUUCAAGUACUACAAUAUCGGAAGUUGAUCCGUGCCUUCCAAAUUAUAUUCAGUCCUACUUUAACAUACCAGAAGUUCAGAAGGCGAUGCACGCUAACGUUACAAAACUUCCUUAUCCAUGGGAAAGCUGCAAUGACACACUUAAUCUCAGCUGGAAAGAUAGACCAUUGAGUGUCUUGCCACUUUUACAUCAGUUGAUGAAGAGUGGAUUAAGGGUUUGGCUGUGUAGUGGUGACAUGGAUGUUGUAGUGCCAGUGACAGAUACAAGGCAUGCUAUAAAGAAGUUAAACUUAUCAGUUAAGACAUCUUGGUACCCUUGGUACUUACAGGGAGAGGUUGGUGGAUAUGUGGAGGAAUAUGAAAACUUGACAUUGGUGACAAUAAGAGGAGCAGGGCAUUUUGUUCCAACGUAUCAACCAAAUCGAGCUUUGGCUUUUUUCUCCCAUUUUCUUAGUGGAAAGCUUCCCCCUAAGAAGUAACCAUACGCUACACACUAUCAUAGAACCUCAAUUCUCCAUAAGAAAUAACAAUAAUGUUUGCAUUUUGACAUUUUUGUGCUGCUUGUAUCAUUCAUGCAAAAACAACAUUACAAUGUGUUUGUCCAUGCAUCCUAGUUACUACUC